GCAUAUGCACAGCAGCAGCAGCAGCAGCAGCAGCACCUGCAGCAGCUGCAGGGUGCAGCGUCCACCUCUCUGCUUGUCCCCAGCAGCAGCAGCAGCAGCAGCAGCAGCAGCAGCAGCAGCGGCUUCGCUUCAAAGGUCCCAGGACAGGCAGCAGCAACAGCAGCAACUAAGAACAGCAUAUCCCGGCUGCAGCGGCUUUUGCAGGAGACAACAGAAGCAAAAGACGAUUUGCUGCAGCAGCAGAAAAAAGAAGAAAGGGAAGAGCAGCAACGAGAAGCAGAAAGACUGGAAGCUUUAAGGCAGAAGGCGGAGAGGGAACGAAAGGAGAGAGAAGAGGCAGCUAGGCGACAGGCGCUGCUGGAGCAGCAGCAGCGGGAGGAAGAGCAGCGGAAGCAGCAGCAAGAAAAGGAAAGGCUGCAGCGGGAGAAAGAGGAGCAAGAAAGGCAGCAGAAGCAAAAAGAACUCGAAGAGCAGCAGCGGCAGCAGCAACAGCAGCAGCAGCAGCAACAGCAGCACAACAGCAGCAGCAGCGACAGCAGCAACAGCAGCAGCAAGAACAACCGGAGCAGAAGCAGACAGACGCAGCAACAGUCCAUAGAAACUCUGAAGACAUUCAUCCAAGGCCCGCUGCAGCAAAAGCCGCCAGACACGAAAGUUUACUUUUGCUGCCAGCUCAGCAGCAGAAUUCUCGAGCUCUGCGAAAGGGGGGGACAGCUGAGUGUGCGGCCGAGCUCUGUUUGGGCUUAUGCCUAUUUAAUCCGAGGCGUGAAUACCCACCUUCCGGAAUUCGAGCGGAUCUUCCGAGGGGCACUUUUCUCUACUUGCACUUAUGCGGUUCCAUUUUCACACAGGAGAGCCCAGGGCAUGACAGCAGAAGCUUUUUACCUGCUGCGGGGCCAGUGGGCUGGCGAAAGCGAAGGAGAAUUUUUCGACCGCAUGGCCGCCACUCUCAGGCUCUGGAUUGCCCACUUAGUUUGUUCUAAAAAGACGGAGGAGCUGUGGCGGUGGGGAGCGCGCUUCGUGAACAUGCUUUGCUGCAGCAGCGCGAAGGCAGGGCGUGUGGGGCCCGUGCUGCUGCUGCAGUUCCUGCAGGUGGGCGGUGCUGCUGCUGCUGCUGCUUUCGGGCAGCAGUUCGUGAAGCUGAUGGAGGUGGUUCGGGUGUACGUACACCCCAAGUUCGAAACCCUCAAACUCAAACACCCCCAAACCCUCGGCCCCACAGUGCUGCAGCUGCAGCUGCUGCUGCAGCACUUCUUCGCCCACGGCCACAAGCUUCCAGAGCCCGAGGGCAAGCUCAUGAAGUCCAAGGAAAGCGAACUCAACCAGGACAUCUGA